AUGAUAUUGAGGUCUGCUCGGUCGCGACCACAAUUCCGACCGGCAUGUGUCUUUUUCUGUCCAAAGCAGCGAGGAUUGCAUGGCGAUCUGAAGCAGAGAAGCACUUUAGAAAUUAUAAAUCACGUCCAAAGCAGAAUAGCAAAUGAGGAAUAUUCCUCAAUCAAAACCUUCAAGAAUAAGCUACAGCGUCACUAUGACUCAAAGUAUGCAGGAUUACUAGCGGACAUGCGCUGCUUAGGAGUUAUGGAUGAAAAGUUAGUGAAAAUGAUUUUCAUGAGGAGAUCGGGUCCUACUCAGCACACAGCAUUCGUAUCGAGCUUGGAGUCUAUUAAAAAGGGCAGCAAUUCAGUAUCUGAGAAGAGAAAGCGCAUUUAUGGCAUUAUCAAGCUUCAAAAAGCACUUUAUCCCGAGAUCGCGCGAACUAAUGGUAUCUUGGUGCCUGAAACAUUGCACCAGUGGUUCUGGCAAAACUUGCGCAAGGAUGAAACAUUUCAGCACUAUUAUUUUCUAAUUCAAAAUGAUGUUUUGCUUUCUUCAAAAUCGAGCAACCUCUUCUUACGCAGACUCUUGAAAGGCUCCGAGAUGGAGGUCCAAUUAGGCACUUUUCAAGUUUUCUUGCACAACCCUGAACAUCACGAAAUAUUCCAAAGCAAGUUUGAGAAGCUUUACAACUUUUCUCAGAUUAAUCAAAUAGUCACUGCAGUCUUGGCUCGAAAAGAUUUGAGAUACAUUAAACUUUAUUUUGCGGCCCUAUUAAACAGGCUUGAAGGUAAAGAACUACAGAAUUCCGAUCUAUCGGAAAAGCAGCGCAUUGCUCUUUUCAUAAAGUUUACAAAUACUCUUUUGAACUAUCUGAAACUGACUUGCAAUUACGACAUGUUUCUUCACAGCUUCAAAAUGGUCACCGACCUCGUCCUUGCUCAAAAGUUGGACACACGACUCCUCCACAAACCUUUCCUCCUUGCAAUUCAAUAUCUUAGGAGUCUCAGCCAGCAUUCGCAUGUACUCAAGCUCAUCUCUUUUGCGCAGGAGCUCUCGCUGGAACGAAGCUUUAAGUUUAAGCAAAGUGUUAUAGGAGAACUUGUUUCGACAAUGAGAGCUUUCAAUGAUCCGAAGAUAAUUGUUGACUAUAUUACCACCGUAUACACGAGUCCUAAAACUCUGCGGCUCUUGAACGAACUUGGAAUCUGGAGUCUUCUCAGGCACAACUCCGUUAAUGUUUUAAACGCGACACAGCUCGAAAGAGAUUUUGAAUCUAAUAAGAUUCAGAAGUCUCACCUUUCCAAUUUUCUUGCUCACCGAGUUUUACCAAAUACAGUUGUCCUGACUGAGUUAUACAGAGUGAUACUCCAGUACUUCAGCAAUGGAACACCUAGUACAGAGUUGAAGCAGCUAAUCAUCGACCUGUACCAUAGGUAUAAGGCUUGUAUGAUAAACCACGAGGACUACUUCGUGCAGCCUGAUUGUGGAAUCAUUAACGUGUUGAUAUAUCACUUGCGGUUUCAGCUAAAAGACCACCGACUUGCGUUUGUGUUAGCCCAGGACUUUUUUCAAACACAGCCGUUUGUUAAGUGUGACGCAUCAACCCCCUUUGGACUUGUUUUGUACCAUAAUCACGCGCUUACGAGAACAGAGAUAUCCUCUUUGCUUGUAUUGAUGGAUAAACAUAAGGUGAAGCUGGACUUCAAAGUUAUAUCAGCGAUGGUUUUUCAAAAUCUGAGAUCAGGUCAGAUCGAAGAGGCACAUACAUGGUUUCAAAAACUUAUUUCUGCAGGAUUUCCUCUCACCCACAGAUCUCUUAUAAAGUGUGCGAUUGAAAACGACUGGGAAUUGCCGCGAGGGAUAGACACUUCAUUCAUGACAAAAGCGCCCACAAGUGUCAGUAACUCUAGAUUUGAAUUUGAAAUUGACGACGCUGUCAGUGGCGGAAUUAUGGAAGAAGAAGAGCAUGAGUCGACUGUGAAGUUUGCAAAUGCGCUUCUUGGGAUAACGGAAACAUUGGCGGAAUCUAAAGGGACUGCAGGUGAUUGA